CUAUUGGCAUCGAUGUUUGGGCUGAUCCAUGAAAAGAACCCAUCCAGCUUCGUGUUGGUCAUCGGUUGAUUCGGUCCCACCGCGGCCACCCGAGUUUUAGCCCACCUGAUCCAUGAGGGCAGUAGGAAGCUUCUUCGGCGGCUCGCGAGUUGGGAUGGGACUGUUGCAGAUUCUCCCUCAAUGUAUCUGGACAAGAACCCGCUCAUAUAUGCUUAGACCGCCGCCCUUCAAACCCUCUACGUUGGUUGCUUUCUCUGAGCAUCUGCAAAAGGCUGCUCUUUCUGUUAGGAGAAUUCUCACUUUCACGGCUACCAUGUCCACUCAGAAAGAUUCCCUAUCUGCACACGACGGCUCUUCCCAGAAGACCCCCCCGCCGUUGCAGGUUGCAAAGCGCUUAGAGAAGUUCAAAACUACAAUUUUUACUCAAAUGAGUAUGCUUGCCAUCAAACAUGGGGCAAUAAACCUUGGUCAAGGCUUCCCCAACUUUGAUGGUCCAGACUUUGUGAAAGAAGCUGCAAUUCAAGCCAUUAAGGAUGGUAAAAACCAAUAUGCUCGUGGACAUGGGAUUCCACAGUUCGAUGCUGCUAUUGCUGAACGCUUCAAGAAGGAUACUGGACUUGUGGUUGACCCUGAGAAGGAAGUUACUGUUACCUCGGGGUGCACAGAAGCUAUUGCUGCAACCAUGUUGGGCUUGAUAAAUCCUGGUGAUGAGGUGAUCCUCUUUGCUCCUUUUUAUGAUUCUUACGAAGCUACACUGUCAAUGGCUGGUGCUGAAAUAAAAUGCAUUACAUUGCGCCCACCUGAUUUUGCUGUUCCAAUUGAUGAGCUAAAGUCUACAAUCUCAAAGAAUACUCGUGCAAUUCUAAUAAACACUCCUCAUAAUCCCACUGGAAAGAUGUUUACUCAAGAAGAACUCAAUGUCAUUGCAUCUCUGUGCAUUGAGAAUGAUGUAUUAGUCUUUGCUGAUGAAGUUUAUGACAAAUUGGCUUUUGAAAUGGAUCACAUUUCUAUCGCAUCCCUUCCCGGUAUGUAUGACCGGACUGUAACCAUGAAUUCUUUGGGGAAGACCUUCUCCUUAACAGGGUGGAAAAUUGGGUGGGCAAUUGCCCCCCCACACUUGACUUGGGGAUUAAGGCAAGCGCACUCAUUCCUCACUUUUUCUACUUCCACUCCCAUGCAGUGGGCUGCUACAACAGCACUUAGAGCCCCAGAUUCCUAUUAUGUGGAGCUGAAGAGAGAUUACAUGGAAAAGAAGAAAAUUUUGGUGGAGGGAUUGAAGGAUGUUGGUUUCAAGGUAUUCCCAUCGAGUGGAACAUACUUUGUUGUUGUAGAUCACACCCCCUUUGGACUCGAUAAUGAUAUUGCAUUUUGUGAGUAUUUGAUCAAGGAAGUAGGGGUGGUAGCAAUUCCAACUAGCGUAUUUUACUUGAACCCUGAAGAUGGGAAGAACUUGGUGAGAUUUACCUUCUGCAAAGAUGAAGGAACUUUGAGGUCUGCAGUUGAGAGGAUGGAGGAGAAGCUCAAGAAGAAAUGAUCAAAAUGUAUGGAUUUAGGUCAUCUAACUGCAGUUAUUUCAUGGGAUUUGGUGUUGUAAUACCAAGGAUAUGGUACUUCACGUAACUAUUAUUCUUCAAAGUCUACAAGAUGGGUGCAUUACCCACAAAUUUUAAAUUAAUGAAUUAUAUGAGAUGAAUGGAUAUUUUUCCAUGGUCCUUAUUAAUAAUAAGUUUUAAACUGU